UGAGCCUGCUGGCCCCGACCAUGGAGUCCCCCAACCACCCCCUGCUCGGCGGCUUCGGCAGCCUGCAGAGCCCGGACCUGCCUCACCCCGGCGGCGGCGGCGGUGGCGGCGGCGGCGGCGGUGGUGGGGGCGCCCCGGCCGGCGCGGGAGGAGGGUCGGCGUCGCCGCCGCCGCCGCCGCUGCCGGGCUUCGGCACCCCUUGGGCCGUGCAGACCCCGUCGCCGCCGCCGCCCGCGCAGCCCCGCAGCAGCCGCCGCCGCCCGCGCCGCAGCCCGCGCAGCCCCGCAGCCGCCGCCGCCCGCGCCGCAGCCCCGCAGCAGCAGACGCCCCAGCAGCCCGGCUCGGCAGCCGCGUCGGCAGGCGCCCAUCAGCGCCCUGCCGCCCAGCCCGGAGGCGGACGGCGCUUCUAUCCCAGGCUGCCGUCGUCCAUGAACCCGGCGUUCUUCCGCUUCUCGCCCGUCGCCCCGCACGCCCGUGCCGCCUGAAGCGUGCCGGGCGGCGGCAGCGGCGGCGGCGGCUUCGGAGGCCCCUUCAGGGGGCCGGUGCCCCCGGCCCCGCCGGCUAUGAGCCUGCCGCCGCCGCCGCCGCAGCCGGCCCCGCAGCCGCCGCCGCCCGCGCCCCCGGCCCCGCAGCCGCCGCCGCCCUCGAGCCGCCGCUCGCCCGUCAGCCCGCAGCUGCAGCAGCACCAGGCCGCCGCCGCCGCCUUCCUGCAGCAGCGCAACUCGUACAACCACCACCAGCCUCUGCUGAAGCAGUCCCCGUGGAGCAACCACCAGAGUAGCGGCUGGAGCACGGGCAGCGUGGCGUGGGGGGCCGUGCACGGCCGCGACCACCGGCGAGCCGGGACCAUGGGCAUCCCGGGCCCCCUGAACCAGAUCUCCCCGCUGAAGAAGCCCUUCUCCGGGAACGUGAUCGCUCCGCCCAAGUUCACCCGCUCCACGCCCUCGCUGACCCCGAAGUCGUGGAUGGAGGACAACGUGUUCCGGACGGACAGCAACAGCAACACGCUGCUGCCCCUGCAGGUGAGAUCUAGUUUGCAGCUGCCAGCCUGGGGCUCAGACUCCCUCCAGGAUAGUUGGUGCCCUGCGGCCGGGACCUCCAGGAUAGACCAGGAUCGAAGUCGAAUGUAUGACAGUUUGAACAUGCACUCAUUGGAAAACUCCCUCAUUGAUAUCAUGAGAGCAGAGCAUGAUCCUCUUAAAGGUCGCUUGAGCUAUCCUCAUCCAGGGACUGACAAUCUUUUGAUGUUAAAUGCGAGGAGUUAUGGGCGAAGACGAGGCCGUUCUUCCCUCUUCCCAAUAGAUGACGGCUUGCUGGAUGACGGCCACAGUGAUCAAGUUGGUGUCUUAAAUUCCCCCACAUGCUACUCAGCUCAUCAGAACGGAGAGAGGAUAGAACGUUUUUCUCGGAAAGUUUUUGUUGGUGGUCUUCCUCCUGACAUCGAUGAAGAUGAAAUUACUGCUAGUUUCAGACGAUUUGGGCCUCUGGUAGUAGACUGGCCUCACAAAGCAGAAAGCAAGUCCUACUUCCCACCAAAAGGUUAUGCAUUCCUUCUCUUUCAAGAAGAGAGCUCUGUGCAAGCAUUGAUUGAUGCUUGUAUCGAAGAAGAUGGAAAGCUAUAUCUAUGUGUUUCUAGCCCUACUAUCAAGGACAAACCAGUUCAGAUCCGUCCCUGGAAUCUAAGUGAUAGCGACUUUGUAAUGGAUGGGUCACAACCCCUGGAUCCUCGAAAAACAAUUUUUGUUGGAGGUGUCCCCCGGCCAUUGAGAGCAGUGGAACUUGCAAUGAUAAUGGACCGGCUCUAUGGUGGAGUUUGUUAUGCAGGAAUCGAUACAGAUCCAGAGCUGAAGUACCCAAAAGGUGCCGGGCGUGUGGCUUUUUCCAAUCAGCAGAGCUAUAUUGCUGCCAUUAGUGCUCGGUUUGUUCAACUUCAACAUGGCGAUAUUGACAAACGAGUGGAGGUAAAGCCAUAUGUGUUGGAUGACCAGAUGUGUGACGAGUGCCAGGGCGCGCGCUGCGGCGGGAAGUUCGCCCCCUUCUUCUGUGCCAACGUCACUUGCCUGCAGUAUUAUUGUGAGUUUUGUUGGGCGAACAUCCACUCGCGCGCAGGACGGGAAUUCCAUAAGCCAUUGGUCAAGGAAGGCGCUGACCGCCCGCGUCAGAUCCACUUCCGCUGGAACUAAGGAUGGCGAACCGGCGUCUGUUUAAGGAAAGAUGGGUGCAUGUGGCUUACUGUGUUUGAAGAUACUGAUGUGCAGAAGAAAUAAGUGCAUUCUUCUGCUUUUCACCCCAGCUCUCAAUACAUGCAUCUUUAUCAGCAGCCAAAACACUACAAGCCUCUUGUUUUUCACCAAAACCCUACAUCUCAGGCUUACUAAUUUUUGUGAUAUUUUCAUGUUAAAAUAAAAUGUUUUUUUGUAUUUUCUCCAAGUUAUUUUUAUAUGUAAAGUUAAAACUAGAUAUGAGAAUGUUUUUUGCAUAGGGGCACACAGUCUGCUGCUAUAUUUAGUGGGUGAAGCGUGCACUUAUUUCUAAACGUGGGUUUUUAACUUCAAGAUCUGCCCCAGUAAUUUACCAAAGGUAGCAAAAUAAUAGUGAAGAUGGAAUAUGUCUGCUACAAAAAGCUUAUUUUUAUUGUUGCUAUUUUCAGUGUAUACAUAAACUAAAAAAAUUAGGGUUGAUUUUUGCUCUCCAUUUUGACUUGCAAGAAAUAAUACCUCAAGAUAAUCUGAUUUAUUAGCUAUUUUUAAACAUUUUUAAUCACAAGCUGUAUUAGCUUUGCUGCUAUAUAGGUGUUAUGUGUAAUGCCACCUAUUAAUACGGGAUUGAAAACGUUUUAAGACAAACUGCAUUGUGGAUGAAAUGCAGGCAGCACAAUAUGGCCGAAACUGCCAUAGUUUUAGAAUGUGAAGAAAACUUGCAUGUUUACUUACCUGUAUACACCAUAUGCAUGCACUAGAACUAUUUACUAACCCGAGGUGAGUUAUUGCAAAUGUUCAGGCAUAAAACAGCUCUCUCGACUCUAGAUAGCAUGAGCAAAUUAGAAAAUUUGUUCCGAGAAAAAGUAAACAACAAACUUGCAUGCGUUAUCGUGACUCGAGUUUUUUAAAAUGUCCUCAAUGUGUACAAUAUGCAAAUUAGUUUUAGAUUAGAAAGUGCAGCCAUUUUGUGACCUGGUCGGUAGUGGAAUUCGAUUUACGCAGACUGGAUGUAAUAUUUGUAAUCCCUGUGCAAUUCUGUGACGUGCGGUUCUAAGUCGUGUGCGGUGAUUUAGUAUAGGUCAAAGGUUGAGUUUGAUUUUGAUUUUUUUUUUAAGCUAGAAUUU